AUCAAUUUUUGACUCAAUUUUAAAACCUGCCGAUGUAUCUUAUGAUUAUCCAUCAAUCAAAAUUAUCAAUAAAGACGCUGAUAUUCUUUUGCAAGGCAUUGCAAUUCAAACAAUAGUUAUUGAAUCACCUUUACGAUCAAAAGAAGUUACAGAACGUAUUUCGGCACUUAAGACACGUAAAACAGUAGAGCGUAAAGUUGAAAGAUCAAAAAUCGCUGCUUUAAAUUUCUAUAAGUUAGGACUUUCACAUCUCGGUGUUGUUAAUCCGCAACAAGAACAGAUAGAUGUUGCUGUUCAAACGGCGGGAAAAGAGUUACAAAAUUUGGAUCGAAUGAAGGCACCAUAUGAGAAGCUCGACAUCAUUUUUAGCAGUUCAAAUGAAUCUAACGAUACAACAAACACUGCUCAAGACGCACCAACAGUGCCGUUACCAAAUAUCUUACCACAAACAUCCGAUUCAUCUGCACAGAUUCCUGCUCCGAUACCUUCACCUACAUCUCUCACAUCUUCAGCACCAAGCUCACCAAAAUCGCCAACCUUUCCAUCUGAAGAAAGGACUAAUAACCCUAAUGCGGAUGCGAUAUUUCCCUUAUUGAUCUAUAUCGUUGUUAAAUCUAAUCCUAAACAAUUGAUUUCAAAUUUGAGAGUCGGACAGGAAAUUGUUGGCGUGGCUGACAGUGGUCUUAAAGUUAUCACAGGAGUUGUAGAUACUUCAUACAAGAUGAUCGGUCGUGUUUUUGGAUAUAAUGAGAACUCUACUGCGAAUGCCACAUCAACAUCAACAGUAGACAUUGAAAAAGAACAUAAUGUGAUACCAAGCACUGCCAAUUCCAUGACACAUUCAAAAGAUAUCAGUGGUAUAAAUACUGACCCACCAGCAAAAAUUAUAGAGAAGGAAUUAGCAGAAAUUAGCCCUGAUAAACAUAACUUUGAAAAGAACAAAACUGGUGGAAAUUCUCAAAUUGAUGAGCCUAAAUCUCUGACUGAACGUUUACUUCCUUUUAACAUACUUCCACGAUUCAGUAGUGGUGGCACUUAUCCGGAAGAGGAACAUAAAGAACAUAAAGAUGAUAAAGAAAAUAUAAAAGAAAUUAAAGUGGAAAGUCAAGAGAAUAAAGGAGCAAGUGAUCAACAUCUUCGUAAGAUAGCACCACCUAUUAAACGAUUUUUAGAUUGCCCAGACGAUGAGUUUCGUGCAAAGGAUGUGCAAGAACUUUUGUCUGAUUAUAAACGACUGUCGGCUGCUAUUCAGGAACUUGGUCUUUUUUCAUCUUGA